AUGUCCUCCUGUAAUAGGAGUUUAAGGCGGACAGCGCCUGAGGGGAUUGUUAAAACAAUCUCCCCACCCAGCAUUUCUCGAGUGAAUGGCUGGUCUCUACCUCUCCACUCUUUCCAGUUGAUUGCUUGGACAGCCUACGUGUAUAUGACUGUCGUAGGCUUUGGAUUGUUCAUUCCAUUGCUGCCAUUUUUAUGGAGAAACAUCACCUAUGCAGUAUCCUUUUUGCUUGCAAUUGGCUUAUUAUUUGGAUUUCAUCUUAUUGUUCAUAUGACUGCCGUCACAGUUGACCCAGCUGAUUCAAACGUACGGCACAAAGAAAAUUAUGGCGGGAUCAUGCCUAUCUUGGAUAGGACCAAACAUAAGCAUGUGAUUCAGAACCAAUUCUGCCAUUUAUGUGAAGUCACAGUGGGGGUGAAAGCCAAGCAUUGCAGUGCCUGCAAUAAGUGCAUCGCUGAUUUUGACCACCACUGCAAAUGGCUCAACAACUGUGUGGGAAGUAGAAACUACUGGUAUUUCUUUAGUAGCGUGGCUUCUGCUGUUCUUGGUAUCAUCUUCCUCGUUCUUGUACUACUGUACAUCUUCAUCCAGUACUUUGUGAAUCCAGAGGAACUCCGCACAGAUCCCCAGUUUAAAAAUUACCCUGCAAAUGUAUGGCUGGCGUUCCUCCCUCUGUAUGCAGUGCCAAUAUCAUCCCUUGUGCUUCUGUCUUUAGCUGUGAUCACUUUGUUGCUAAACUUUGUGAGCCUCCUGCUUCUCGGACAUUUACUACUGUUCCACCUCUACCUAAGUAUGUAA